UUGUUGAGUGUUUCGGGCGAUUAAUCAAAUUUGCUUUUCUUGAUUCAAACCAGAAGGUAACCUGAUUAGUCAGGUUUUCUUGGAAGAAAAAUGAAAAUACUAAUGGGAACAUGUUAGAAAGGGCAAAAAAUCCAAGACCUCCUUGUAAUUUUUUAAGAAAAUAUUCUCAAAAACAGUUUUCAGAAGAAUAAUCCCAUCUCACUAUAAUUUUAUUCCUUAAAAAAAAAAAAAAAAAAAAAAUUCAAAAACUGCAAAUCCAUGAAUGGACAUCGGUGAUUUUUCCUUCAAACAACCAGUUUCCGGGGAAAAUGUAAAGGGAAAGAGAAGGAAGAUGAGGCCACGCCACUGACCACUUACUGCUCACCCGGUCACAGGAUCCCACCACGAAAACGCAGGCCAAGGUUGACCCACAUGUGCCCGUUUCCAUGUCUUUCUUAUACUUAAUACCCCCACUCUCAAUCAAGUCGACUCAUCCUUUUACUUGCCCCCCUCCUCUCUCUGGUCUCUCCCCACCACCACCUUCGAUCGCCGGUUUUUGCUAGAACCCAGUCUCCGGCAGUCGCAAACCAUAACCCCAGAAUAAAAACAAGUGGUUGUAUUCUUUAGCAAGUUGAUGCACCUAUAGAAGUUGAUUAUGGGGGAGCCAGUGGGCAUGCUAAAAGUAAUUGUUGUGCAAGGGAAGAGAUUGGUAAUCCGGGACUUCAAGAGCAGUGAUCCUUAUGUCAUAGUCAAACUCGGAAAUCAGACAGCAAAGACCAAGGUUAUAAACAGUUGCCUUAAUCCUGUUUGGAAUGAAGAGCUAAGUUUCUCCCUCAUGGACCCGGUUGGAGUUCUGUACUUGGAAGUAUUCGAUAAAGACCGGUUUAAGGCAGAUGACAAGAUGGGCCAUGCUCACCUCAGCCUUCAACCCAUAGUCUCAGCUGCAAGACUGAGGCAGAUCCUAGGGGUUUCAUCUGGUGAGACAACAUUGAGAAAGGUCAUCCCAGACCCUGACAACUGUCUUGUCAGGGAGAGCUGCGUCAGUUGUAUAAAUGGUGAGGUUGUGCAGGAUGUUUGGCUAAGGCUUUGCGGGGUGGAGUCCGGCGAAAUUCAGUUGCAGAUCAAGUUAAUGGAUCCUCCUGCUGCUCCUUGAAGGUGGCCUAGUUGGAUAACCAAAAAUUUUCAACAAUGGAGAAAAUUCAUUAAGUUGUAGCUGUGUUGCUGUCCUCCAUUGAUUUAGUAUUGCAGAUAACUGAAAUUUGAUGAACUUAUCUCUCUUACUGUCUCAUCUCCCCUUGAUUUAGCUCCUCAGUAGUAUUUAUGGAGAUUAGGUUACUUGGAUGAAACCCCAUAUGCAGGACAACCAACUUUUGUUGAUUUUAUUCCUCUCUGAAUUUUUAGAAUGUUCAAAUAGACUAUCCCUUUGGUGUC